AUGUGCUUUCAAGCAACUGUAAAUUAACCCAGUUUAAACCUUUUAGUCGUUGAUGACUUUGAAAGCCUGCUUAAAAUGAGCAACAAUAAUCAUAAGUUAAGUGUUAAGAACUCUCCCUCCAAGAAGGCACAGAAUUAGAUGGUAGGAAUACAAGGCAAUUCAAUCAAUCAAAAUUUCCUAAAUCAAAGCAACAUCCCACUCAAUCAACUGCCUAAAGUAAAAGAUUUAGAAAUGUACAAAAGCCUUAUAAGUCCUCAAUAAUCUGUUGCAAGUAAUAUUAAUAUAGAAUAACAGUUUAUAGCACUUCACAAGAAGGCAGCGACCACAACUUAAUCAAAGCUAGCAGAAUAUAUUAAGGGUGCCAGCAAGAGCAAGAACCCAAGCUUGAAAUAAUCAGCAGUUGGUUAUACAACAGCCAUCAAAGAUGGAACUAAGGCUAUUAAUGGACCAUCAAGAGCAACUAAGCAUGCAGCUUUCACCUCGUCUCAUACUCCUAUGCAAUAAAGUAUAGAAAGAAUAGCAGGUGUAUAAUCUAGUCUAGAUGCUCCGAGUCACUCUUCAAUCAAUAGAUAUAACAACAUUUCAAUUUAGUCAUAUGUAGAGCAAAAAUCGGGUAAAAAAGAUUCAAUUAACAAAAAUUAAAAAAGUUUGAGAAUCGUAGGACAACCUCAUAGAUAACUGAAGUAAACCUAGAAUGCUAUAAAAUAUAAUCAGAUAAUGAAGAGUCAGACACCAACAUAGGAGUUCAUUGUGGAUUAGAGAUUUAUGAUAAAUAACACCUAAAAUAAGAAUUACUUUGACAUUGACAAUUUAUUCUUUGACGGUGGAACUGGUGCUAUUGGUUAGAAGAAGUAAGAAAACAAUAAGAAGCAAUAUGAUCAGGCAUUCUCAGUUAAAGUCAGUCCAAUGAAUAAAGUCAUUUAAAAUACCUUUCCUGCUGCUGUAACUGCAAUGAGAGUUUAGUAGAAUUAGUCUUAACCUAACUAAGGCAGUCAACCUGAUAUAACUUAUCAUAAAAGAAUCAACAGUUAAAACAUUUAAAAGAUCCAAAAUUAAGCAUUUCAAAAGCAAUACACUAAUCUUAACUAAUGGAGGAAGUCUGCUCUCAGUUAUAAAAAUUCAUAGAUUCAAGAAGUAGAUCAUCCUUACGAGGAAAUAGAUCAGGACAUGUAAAUUAAGAUAGUUGAGAAUAUGAGAACUCCGACAGUUUCAAACAGAUUUUUCAUUGAAGGAUUUACUAGCAACGUUACAAGUCCAAUGAUUCAGUAGCAUAAAUAGUUAGGUAAAUAAAAAAAGAGCGUCAACUAUAUAACUAAAGAGUAAAGGAAAAAGAAUAUUUCUGUUGAACCUCCUGACCUAUAGGAUUUCGAUUAUAAAGUUUCUAAAUUCGAUAAUUACAAGCCUAAGAAUGGCAAGGGUUUUGAUGAUAUAAUUAUGCCAGUUUAUGAGAUCCAAAAAUAAAUAUAAAGUCAAGUACUAAAUAAGUCAGGUAAAGGUAAAGACGACUCUUAUGGAACUAAUACGAAUAAAUCAUCAUCUAUAUAUCAGAGACCAUUAGAGAGGACAUAUGAAGAAAAUGAAGCAUUUAAAUUUGCUGAUUUAGAGGUUGAAAGGAUCAAUGUAGUAGGAAACAAGAAAAAGGGCCAAGUCCUAUCAAGUAAUAACUCUCCAACUAAGGGAGAUAAUCAGGUAUUUGUAAAGCAAAACAAACUAUUCUUUGCUAAUGUCUCAAGUCAUCUGUAAAAGUAGAUUGUUUCAAAUCCAUCGUCAGUUCUUAAGCAGUUUAAAGAUGACAAGAAAAAGAUCAUACUAAGUAAAGAUAAAGUUGCUUAUAAUGGAUCUUCAAUGGGUUAGCCUGCAUUAUCGCAAUCUUAGAAAAUCAAUGAUAUGAUUAGAAUUAAGAAUAUCUCAUAGAACUAGAUUAAGAAGAUCAAUGACUUUUCAAGUACUGGCUCCAAUAGCAAACCCUAGACAUCUAUGAAGUAAUACGAAGAAAUCAAAAAGUAAAAUCAAAAUCUUCCCAGGAAAAUAUCCUAGCCUACAAACUAAAUAAACAAGAUGAGUGAUCUGAAUCUUUAAAAAUAAAUGAACAGCGAUUUAAUAAAUCCAAUUAGAUAGGCAGUUAAUAGGAAGAUCUAUGACGUUAAUGACAUUUAAAGAUAAUUGGAGGAGUUGACUGAGGAUGAAGACGAAAUCAUGAAAAAGAGCCCUCGAGCUCAGGAAAUAUGGACCAUUAAAAGGCUUAUCAAAAUAUCAUUUAAAAGAGAUGAGGCUCCACCAAACACAAGUGUUUCAUUCUAUAAAAUUGGUAGGUUGUUAGGGAGGGGUGCUUUCGGUAAGGUCAAUCUCGCACUUCAUAAGCUGUCCAGAAAACUUGUAGCAAUUAAGUCUAUUAAUAAGAAGUUUCUAAAGGAUGAGCACUCUUUGAGAAAAAUUGAGAAUGAAAUAUCUUUACUUAGACUUAUGAGACACAAGUCAGUUGUUAAGUUAUAUGAAACGUUUGAAACUGAAAAGCAUUAUCUAUUUGUUAUGGAACUUUGUUCAGGAGGUGAUCUGUUAUCAUAUGUAAGAAAAAGAAGAAAGCUUGCAGAGCCAGUAGCAAAAUAUCUAUUCAAAUAAAUAAUAGAGGGAAUCGGCUAUAUUCAUUCUAAAAAUAUCAUACACAGAGAUAUCAAACUUGAUAACAUACUGCUUGAUAAUAAAGGACAUAUAAAGAUCGCUGACUUUGGUGUAGGGAAAUUCUCAAAACCAGGAAAUAUUCUAUAUGACUAAUGUGGAACCCCAGCUUAUAUCGCUCCUGAAAUUAUAGCUGAAGAAGGAUAUGAAGGUGGAACAGUAGACUUAUGGAGUGCAGGAGUAGUUUUGUUUGCUAUGCUUUAUGGUAACGUUCCUUUCAAGGGUGCAGAUAUGAAAGAGCUUCAUAAAUAAAUCUUGGACGCUGAUUAUCAACUCAAGGAUGAAAUAACAGCUGGUAAGUAAAAUUCUUAAUUAAUUUAAUUAGAGGCCAAAGAUUUAAUUAAAGGACUCCUGACUAGAAAUCCAAGACAAAGACUCACGGUUCCUCAAGCUUUAAAGCAUCCUUGGUUGGCUAAAAUUGAGGAUAAUAGUAAGCUUAUUUUCAUGAAUAACUAAUUAAAAGUGAAUAUAUUCAAUGAAAGUGAGAAGACCGUAAUCUAAAAAGAGUUCAGCUAUGUAGAGGAUAAUGAGAAGAAUCUUUAAUCAUUUAAUCUUCAUCAAUCCUUCAAUUUUACUGAUAGGAACUUGAACUCUACUUAGCAUGCUCUGCUCCGAAAUCUGUCAUCUAAGUCAAUUAUCUUGGCUCCAUUCAACACCACCAGAUCGAACUUCAAGGAAAUUCUAACUCAAUCAGUGUAAGAAUUGAUUGUGGAGAAGAAUUAAAUCAUCAAAUUCGGUAUGAGAGUCAAAGAGAUUGACAAGAAUUAUGAACUUAACAAUAACUUUAACUUGGAUAAUGGAGUCUUUAACAAAUUUGCUCAGGCUGCUGAAAAGAAAGCUCUUGAAAAUAAUAAUCAAAUGAGAUAGUCAAGAUAACUAUUCCACACUUAAAAUUCUAGUAUGCUGCAAAUGGAUCAGCUUGAGAAGCUGAAAAAUCAUGAAGAAAAUGCAAAGUACUUUGAUCAAGAAUUUGUAAUAGGUAAUUAACGUUUCGCCUAAUUUAUUCAAUAAUAGAUGAUAACUAUGUUUAUCUAAUAUCAAGGUUCGGAUAUCCUGAGGAGUACAUAAGAAAAUGCCUUGAGGAUAAUGAUGCUAAUUACUGUACUACAACCUAUUAUUUAUUAGCGAACGAUACUCCCUUAAUUGAUUGAUUUAUAAUAUAUUAUUUUUAAGUUUUGUAUAAAUAUAUUAAUCAACUAUACUAUUUGA